GCGUGCUAGAUCCAACGAUAUUCUUAGCUGAAUUGCAGCGUGUGUAUGAAAAAACUAUAGCAAAUAAUGACAUCAGUGAAACUUAAUAGUGGCUUUGAGAUCCCACUCGUUAGACUAGGAACUUGGAAAAGCAAGCCGCUGAUGAGAUUAACAAUGCUGUGAAAGCAGUCAUCGAUGCAGGUUAUAGGCACAUCGAUUGUGCUGCUCUUUACGAGAACGAGAAAGAAGCUGGUGCAGUUUUUGAAGGAAAAACUAGCAGUUUUUGAUUUUGAGAUGACUCCCGGGGAGAUGUCUAUAAUAGAAUCGUUCAACGUACCCUGGAGAGCAUGGCUAUACCUAAAGCUGUGGUAAGCGUCUUCAAACUGUACGCAUAGUAGACAGUGUAUCUGGAAAAUAUUUUCCACAGAUUCAAAAGACUAUAACCAACAUGGCGGCAACAAAGAAUGAAUAUCAAGAAUAGCAAUGCGUAAAGCAUAAUGGGCUAUGAGAAAGUCAAGAAUGGGAAAAUUUCUCUCACUCUUCCACAUUUUUUACGGUUAUGGGCUGCCUGUGGUACGACUGUCCGUGACCUCAUAUCAUGUGAUUUACGUCACGCCAGUAAUCCAAUUCCAAGGGAUACCAAGUAGCAGGCAUUUUAGAAUCAUUAUUGCACUACUUUAACAACAAAAUUGUCUCUCCGAUUGCAAGAAUAAUGUUGUCUAAGCUUAACAGUGGUCAUAAUAUCCCACUUCUCGGGCUUGGAACGUGGAAAAGCAAGCCUGGCGAAGUGAAAAAUGCUGUCAUGUGUGCUAUAGAUGCAGGUUACAGACACAUCGACUGUGCUGCGGCGUAUGGCAACGAGAAAGAAGUUGGGGAAGCUCUGAGCGAAAAAUUAAAAGUUGUAGAUAGAAAAGAUUUAUUCAUCACAUCAAAGUUAUGGAACACUAAACACRAUCCUAAUGAUGUUCUUGGAGCCUGUAAAGAGACACUCAAGGACCUACAAUUAGAGUACUUGGAUUUAUAUCUUAUACACUGGCCAAUUUCAUUCCAAGAUGGUGAUAAUAAGUUCCCUAAGGAUGACGCAGGGAGGGUUAUAUAUGCAUAUCACGAUCCAUGUGACACAUGGAAAGCAAUGGAAAAACUGGUUGAAGAGGGUCUAGUUAAGUCUAUUGGUCUUUCAAAUUUUAACAGCAAGCAAGUUGAUGACAUCUGUGCAGUUGCUAAAAUCAAGCCAUCCGUCAACCAGAUUGAAUGCCAUCCAUACCUUACACAAAAACCUCUACUGGAGCACUGCAAAAAGUAUAACAUUUUGUUAACUGCGUUCAGUCCUCUUGGAUCACCUGACCGUCCUUGGGCCAAGCCAGGAGAGCCAAGCCUUCUUGAUGAUCCUAAGAUCACUGCUAUUGCUCAGAAGUAUAACAAAACAGCUGCGCAAGUCUGCAUCAGAUUCCAGAUACAGAGAGGAGUUGCAGUUAUUCCAAAGAGUGUCACACCAAAAAGGAUCAUUGAAAAUUUUCAGGUCUUUGAUUUUGAACUAUCCUCUGAGGAGAUGAGCACGAUUGAGUCCUUCAACAGACCAUGGAGAGCCUGUGUUGUCAAAACAGUGAUUGAUGGCAAAGAAGUUGUAAGAGAUGAAGGCCAUCCUCACUAUCCCUUCAACAUCCCAUAUUAAAUAACAUAAUGAUUUUAUUCUGAAAUAUAUUUCACAUACCUUCACUGUACUGUAAUUCCAGCUUCCCUUUAGUAUGUAAUGAUCUGGUAUACUUUCUUGGACUAUAAAAAGAUAAUUUGAUGUGUAGUGUAAAUCAUUGUCUAAGAUAAGAGUAUGUAAUUAAAAGGUUUGUAAUUGUUGUGGAAUUAAAAAAUGCUGUUUAAUACUUUAA